AUCAGAGCAAGACGGUUCGUUGCUGUAACAUCUAGAGACAACUUAUCAAGAUGAUGAUCGGGGAGCGAAAUCAUGUGAAUCCGACGGUCCAUGUUCCUCCGUGGACCGUCAUCAACAACUCAACGGUUGACGUCUCCUUUCCCUUUCCCGUUAGCGGCAUCUCCGUUAACCCCAACGCCAAUGUCGAAGACUACCCUCCUUACCACCUGAAUGAAACCUUAACGGAUUUCCAACGUUUUCUUCCUGCGAACGACGACGAUGGAGAUUCCGAUUCUGAUAUUAUGGGUCUUGAUCCUCCGCUUGAUGGGUAUUCUCGGGAUCACUUUUUCAUGUUCGAGUUCAAGAUAAGGAAGUGCGCACGUGGCCGGUCACAUGAUUGGACCGAGUGUCCGUACGCUCAUCCUGGAGAGAAGGCUCGCCGGAGGGACCCGCGCAAGUAUCACUAUUCCGGCACGGCCUGUCCGGACUUCCGAAAAGGUAACUGCAAGAAAGCGGACGCAUGCGAGUUCGCGCACGGCGUAUUUGAGUGCUGGCUGCACCCGGCUCGCUACCGUACGCAGCCUUGCAAGGACGGGACCAACUGUUGCCGGCGAGUGUGUUUCUUCGCUCACACGCCGGAAGAACUAAGGGUUCUGAGUCCGAGGACUCCUGGUUCGACCGAGACUUAUGAUGGGUCGCCGCAUAGGUUGGCUUUAGAAGGGUCUUGUGCGAAAGGGUUGGCUUUUAUGUCGUCGCCGGAGUCGGUUUCGCCGCCGUCUGAAUCUCCGCCGAUGACUAACUUACUGAGUCGGUCUUUGGGUUCUAACUCGAUCAACGAAAUAGUGGCGUCUCUCCGUCAGUUGCAGCUUAGCAAGGUCAAAUCCAUGCCCUCUUCUUGGGGUCUUCAGAUGGGUACUUCUGGGUUUGGUUCUCCAAGAUUGUCCAAUACUCGACCCGGAUUCUGCAGCUUGCCAUCAACCCCCACUCGGGCUGUGACCCAACCUGGAAUCGGGUACCUUGAUCUCUGGGAUAAGGAGUGCUGUGAGGAGGAGCCUGUGAUGGAGAGGGUCGAGUCUGGAAGGGACUUGAGGGCCAAGAUGUUUGAGAAGCUGAGCAAGGAGAACCCUCUGGAUCGGGUCGACCCGGCACCAUCUUUUCAGGGUCCUGAUGUUGGGUGGGUCUCAGAGCUGGUAAAAUACUAAAAUGAAGUGGUCCUGGUACUUGUGGAUUAUCCUUUCUUGGUGAUUCUGGUUGCUUAUGAUUAUUUGUCUGUUUGGGGUAAUUUGUUCUCUCUCUCUCUCUCCCCCCUGUGAAUACUAAGAAGAAUAUAGAGGAGAGAUCAUAAUUUUGGAAGCAACAUUUUGAAGUUUAUAAAAAUAUAUAUAUAUAUAUAUAUAUAUAUAAAUGGUAGUGUUGGAGUACGAAGGGUGAAGAGUAGAAUCUCUUUUUUGGGGGGGAUUGGAUUUUCUGAGAAAUUAAAACAGAAAAGCUCUAGUGUUUGGAAGAAGACAAUUUUGUACAUAAGAAGAUUGUAGAUUACCCAAGAGGUAGCAGAAAAUGGUAAUUCCCUUUUUCAUUUUUUUUUGUUUUGGUCUCUUAUAUUAUAUUAUGUUCAUCUCAAUUAACUGAUUAUGUUGUUGUAAUAUUUACUUUAUGCAAAUAUUUAAUGUAAUGCAUGGUUUUAUAAAUGUGUUUCAUCAAUUCAUGGUUUUA